CGAAAAUCCAAUAAAAUAGGGGGAUCCCAAUUGAUUUGGACAUCCCUUUUAUUACUCUGACGUUUAUUCUUUAUUCUUUAUUCCUUAAUUUCCUUAAUCUUUAAUCUUUCUGUUAUUGGUCUACCGCUGGCGCUUCUGCCACUCUCCACAUCUCCCGUCUCACCCUUCCCUCCUUCAUCUUCCCCCUUUGUACCUUACUACACAACACAUUCUGCAAUCAUGAGUUACCAGAGCUUGGGGGAUAACAACCAAGGGGGCUACGGCCAGUACAACCCAUACGGCAGCCAGCAGCAGAAUCCCUAUGGCAGCCAGCAGCAGGGCUAUGGAUAUGGUGGUGGCUACGGCCAGGCCGGUGCUGUGGAGACUGGAAACGGUGGCUACGAAAUGUCCAACAUGAACCAGCCCUCCGGUGGCGGGCCGACUGCAAUUCUGAACAAGUGCAAGGAACUCAACGAAGGUAUCGCCGAGUUGACCACAAAGCGCGAGACCCAGCUGGCCCACGCCCAAAAGGCCCUGCUGGACUCGAGCACCGGAAAGGAGGACCAGGCUUCGCGUCAGACACUCGACUACAUUGAAGAUGAGAUCAACACUGCGCUGCGCUACCUGCGCGAUCAGUUCAAGCGCAUCAAGGAGACCCCCGGAUCGGGCGACAGCCGUGUGUCGGGCCAGGUCGAGAACGUCAGCCGCAACCUCCGCCGUGAGAUCGAGCAGUACCAGCGCACACAGAGCGACUUCCAGAAGCGUCUGGAGGAGCAAGUGCGCCGCCGAUACGAGAUCGCCAACCCCGAGGCUACCCCCGAGGAGUUGGAGCAGGGUGUGCAAAACGUCCUGAUGGGUCAAGAGCAGAGCUUUGUGGUUCCCGGUACCCGUACUCGCCAGGCCAACGAUGCCCGCCAGGCCACUCUCCAGCGUUCCGCCGCCAUCCGUAAGAUCGAACAAGACCUCAUCGCACUCAGCGAGCUGUACAACGAAGUCGCCGAGCUGGUACACCAGCAGGAGCCCGCCGUUGCGCAAAUCAACCAGGGCGCCGAGGAGACGCACCGCAACGUCGAGCAAGCCAACACCAAGUUGGACAGCGCCAUCCAGAGCGCAAAGAACGCUCGGCGUUGGAAGUGGUAUGCGUUGAUCAUCGUUAUCAUCAUCAUUGCCAUUGUUGUCGGUGUCGCCGUCGGUGUCGUCGAGUCCAACAAGAAGAACUGAUCUAUUCCCUGUACGACCGGCCUCAUCUUCCCUUUGUCUUUCCCCUUGUUGUUAUACCACCACCCUCGCAUUUUCUUCUCUCUUGUGUAAAAGCAAUGCCUUCAAAUCGUGCUUUCCUUUUGUCUUUGCUUAGCUGUUCGUGUUGUACAGCUGCCCGCGCCCACCCCUCUUGGUCGCUGCGCAUGGAUGUAUAUACUAGAUUGUUUUCUCUGUUGGCUCCUGUUUGGCGCUAGAAUCUAUGUAAUACCGUCUAAUAAUUGAUUUCUUUGUGUAUGUG